AUGUCGGCCACUGAACCGCUGUCCCAUUCGGAUACUGGGGGAAAGGGGGACCAGCCGGCCCACGAGGAGCCCGACAGCCCAACGCCCCCAACCGACCUCUCCGAGACACAGCAUGACCCCUCGACCGAGAGCUCAAAACAAGCCGAGAUGAGCACAGAACAGCAUGCGGAGUCGAGAAUCCCUGCUGGACCAAUCGAUGCCGAGAACAACACGGCGGCAGUAUCUGCACCUCCAGUAGCAGCCCCGUCUCAUCCGGACCGGCUUGCGGAACAGGUCGAAGCGCUGUCACUGUCAAUCAAGAUACCCGAGUCUGAGCUGUCCUCGACGACCAUUACUCCUCCCCCUCCUCCGCCGCCCGAGAAAGACGACUCCUAUGUUAACUCGAACCCCACCGUCCCCGCCACCACCGCUAGCGCACCCAACUCCGGCCCAAGCUCUGAGAAGGAGCUCCCAAAUGUACCCGGCGAGAGCGACUCGGAACCCAACCAAACCGCCCGAAAGAACGGAGCUCGAGAUGACAAUGAUUCCCAGCCGGAGAUUCAGAAUAUCAUGGGCCAGUUCCAGGAUCCUGCAAGAACCACAGGCCAGCAGGAGAUAAUGUCCCCUCGAUUAGAGCUGGCCGAGCAAUUCCGCACGUCGCAGCACUUCCCACCUCGCAGGUCGAGCCUUGAACCCGUACACUCCUCCACAUCUGGCCAGUCAGGGCCAGUCGCAUCACAUACGAGUCAGACCGCGUCAGGUCACCGACACUCCAUUGGCCCAGAGGAGCUUACCUUGACUCGACAAUCAUCAGCAUCAACUAUUCCGCCACCGCCCGAGCCUGAACCUGAGAGACCAUUCGAUUUCCAUAGAUUUCUAGAGCAACUUCGUCAUCGGACCGCAGACCCGGUCGCCAAAUUCCUGCGGUCGUUCCUGACGGAAUUUGCGAAGAAACAAUGGAUGGCCCACGAACAAGUCAAGAUUAUCAGCGAUUUCUUGGCUUUCAUCACAAACAAGAUGGCCAUAUGUGAAGUAUGGCGUGACGUGUCGGAUGCUGAGUUUGACAAUGCGAAGGAAGGCAUGGAGAAGUUGGUUAUGAACCGGCUGUAUUCGCAGACGUUUUCGCCAGCGAUUCCGGCUCCCCCAACAAUUCCUAGGAGCACGAGCCGCAGUCGGAGGCGAGAGAUUGAAAGACUUCAUGGACCUUGGCGACGGGGGCAGCAUCAAGAGGAUAUUGAGCGUGAUGAUAUCUUGGCGCAGAAGAUACGAAUUUAUAAUUGGGUUAAAGAGGAGCAUCUAGAUAUUGCUCCCGUUAGUGGCAGUGGGCGGCGGUUCCUGACUUUAGCACAACAAGAGUUGCUGAAGAUAAACGGCUACCGCGCGCCUCGAGAUAAGGUGAUUUGUAUCCUGAACUGCUGCAAAGUGAUCUUUGGUCUUUUGAAGAACAGCAGAAGCGCCGAUACUUCUGCCGAUUCGUUCGUUCCACUCUUGAUAUAUGUGGUACUGCAUGCGAACCCGGGAAACCUUGUCUCCAACAUUCAAUACAUCCUGCGCUUCCGCAAUCAAGACAAGCUUGGUGGAGAAGCGGGCUACUAUCUUUCCUCAUUAUCUGGAGCCAUCCAAUUCAUCGAGACCCUUGACCGUACGAGUCUCACGGUCAGCGAUGAGGAUUUCGAGCGCAACGUUGAGGCGGCAGUCUCGGCGAUUGCCGAACAAAACCGUGAACACGAGUCUCUGGCUGAGAAGUCUCCGACCCAAUCCACCACCCCGGCCGGUCCACCUCCUCAAGUAGCUGGACCGAGUCGAAGAGAUGCCUCCCAGUCCAGUGAUGACGAUACCUCAGCCCCCGUUGCAGGCCUCCUCCGUACCAUUCAAAAACCUCUCUCCACCAUUGGUCGGAUCUUCUCCGAUGAUGGAGACUCCACUCCUUCCACCCCCCAAGACCGUCCACUUCAGCCCGCAGCAACUCCCCAGCCAGGUAUCGCUCCCCCUCGUCUCACGCCCAACGUGUAUCAGCCUCCUCGUGCAAGCAGCGAAGGUCGUCGAUCUGGCGAGGAGCGCCGAGCACCCCCUCGGGAGAAGGCUGGCGGCGCACAGAAGAAUCUGAGCCGGGUGCUCGAUGCUCAAGAUGCCGCUGCCCGCCAGGCCAGUGCUGAAGAAGCCGAGGCACAGCGCAUUCAGCGUGCGGAGCAUAACAAUGUUGUCGAGACGCUUUCAAACAUGUUCCCCAAUCUGGAUCGCGAUGUCAUUGAUGAUGUGGUCAAGCAGAAGGAAGGAAGAGUUGGCCUCGCCGUCGACGCAUGCCUCGCUCUCAGCGCAGAGUAG